GGGAAUCCUUUGUCGCUUCCCACGGUAAAAGAAGCAGGGCCCCAAUCCAUCGAUUCUUUGAGUAGUUGUUGUUGUGGUCCAGCAUCAUGUCAUCAGUAGCAUCAUCAACCACCAGAAGAGGUGUAUUGCCAAUAUUGGACCUGGCUGUUUGGGAAAAGAACCCCACUGUGUUUGCGGAACAAUUGCGCAUCGCCUGCCAUCGUGUAGGAUUCUUUUUGCUUCGUCAUGACAUGCCUCAGGAGGUGGCGCAAAGACAGUUAGACGAAACUCGUAGGUUCUUUCAGCAAUCCACAAUCGAAGAGAAGCUCUCCAUAUCGUACCACAAUAGUCCGAGUUUUCGAGGAUACAUGAAACUGGGAGUGGAAAACACGGCAGGAGCCACAGACAUGAGAGAACAAAUCGAGUAUGCUGCCUUGUACAGUCCAAAAGAUCGAACCAGAAUGUGGCCGCCAUAUGAACGGUUGAAGCAUCACCAAAAUCCAUGGCCACAUUCCCAUCAGCCAGAGUUGCAAACAGCCACGGAAGAGUACGUUGGACAUGCCCGGAGGAUCAGCGAUGUCAUUCGAGACGCACUCUGCAUGGCCUUGGGGGUACACAGAGAUACCCUGGAUCCAUUCUUUGGAAGAAAUUGCACACAGAAUGGAGAAACAGACAAUGCAAUAGAACAGGAGCCGCCCCAUUGGGUUCUCAAACUCAUCAACUACCCAGUGGUCCAGACUGAAAACAAACAAGACAAGAGCCCAAAAUUUGGUGUAGGGGGGCAUACAGACACCAAUUUCCUCACAUUGGUCCUCCAAGACGAUGUGGGAGGUCUACAGGUAUUCUCUGAGGGAGACUGGAUCGAUGUACCCAGCAAUCUCGGACCCGGUGUCUUGGUGUGCAACCUCGGAGAACAGGCAGAGAUUCUCAGUGGUGGGUACUUUCUAGCAACGCCACAUCGCGUGUUGGCAAAUGUUGGAAACAAACGAGACCGUGUAUCCGUUGCUCUCUUUUACAAUCCACUUCUCUCGGCUACCAUUGAACCCAUUGUUGACCCAGAGCAGUUCCAUUCUCCAACAAAUAAUAAUCCUGAUGAAACAACUGCUACUUCCGCGUUGAAGUGGGAACGAAGCGAUUUUGAACCCUGGCGAAGAAAGAGCAACGCUAUGCUGUCGACUGUAGGCGACAAUACCUUCAAGAGCCUGGCAAGAUCACAUCCAGAAGUGUUUCAGAAACAUCACCCUGACCUCAAACUGCUGGAGGACGGGAGUGUUGUGCAAGGAUAAGUGAACUCUCUGCUAGGAAUGUGUAUUUCUGAUACUAAUAUGCAAUCAGAUCUAGCUAGCAAUAAUCGUAGUUGUACACAUCUGGCUGCUAAAGAUAAAUACCUGGUAGAUGAGC